UUGUCCCAGGCCGUUUAGGUUCAACUGAUAAAACGGAUGCAUUCGGUGCGUUGUGGUUUUGCAUCUCGAUUUGCCCUUUGUGCCGUUAAGGACGAAUAAUUUGAUAAUAAUUUAAUAAUUAGAUUUUUAUAUUUUGUGUCGCUAAAUUUCAGUAUAGCUUCAUUGCGUUUUUUAUUAUUUUAUCGCCAGAAUUAUGACGAAAGAAUGUGACGUUAAAUUCAUAUCACUCUGCUCCGGGAUCGCUGUCUCCGUUGUGGCAGCUCUCUCAUUCAUUCUAUGGCCAUGGAUCUGCAAAUUCGUUAUCAGCUUGAAACUGCCGCUGACACCAACUUCAGACACAUAUGCAAUUUGGCGAGACACGCCAAUUCCAAUGCAUAUAGAUUUCUACUUUUUCAACUGGACAAAUCCGCACGAACUUCUUGAUCCAGAGAAAAAACCUGAAUUUGUUCAAAUGGGCCCUUAUAGAUUCAUAGAGACUAAGGAAAAGGUCAAUAUCACGUGGAAUGUAAACCACACGGUCAGUUAUCAACAGAGGAAGUGGUGGUAUUUUGAUGCUGAAAAUUCCAAAGGAAAAUUGACCGACAACAUAACUACUCUUAAUGUAGUAGCAUUGGCGGCAUCAAACACGGUGAAGAAUUGGGCUUACGUGAUGCAGAGUGCGCUCUCGACGGCCAUGUCGCAAACUUCCCAAAACAUCUCGGUGACAAAACCAGCAGGGCAGCUCUUAUUCGAUGGGUAUGAAGAUAAGCUGAUCGAUCUAGCAAUGAACUUUCCAUCCAUGAUCACUGUCCCUUACGAUAAGUUUGGCUGGUUCUACACGAGAAAUGGAUCAGCUGAAUUUGAUGGUUACUUUAAUAUUGACGUAGGGAGCGAAGAUAUCGAGGAUUUUGGACGGAUCCGAAAUUGGAAUUAUGCGAGUCGAACGGAUUACUACUCUGGAGAGUGCGGUGAGCUGAGGGGCUCGGGCGGAGAAUUGUUCCCUCCGGACAUGCAGCAAACCAAAAUCACCCUCUUCUCACCUGACAUGUGUAGGUCGGUGAUUCUGGAGUAUGAGCGAACGGUGGAGCACUCAGGGAUGGAGGGCUAUCGAUUCGUGGGCGGGCUGGACAUGGUCGACAAUGGAACCCACGACGCUGCCAACGAGUGUCUUUGCGAUGGCGAGUGCGUUCCUCAAGGGCUCUCUAACGCCACCUCAUGCCGAUAUGGAGUGCCAGCCUUCAUUUCCUAUCCCCAUUUCUACCUCGCGGACCCCGUCUAUCGAGAGGACAUCCGCGGCAUGCGCCCCGAUAAAGACUUGCAUCAAUUUCAGAUGACCUUUGAACCGACAACUGGAGUUCCUCUAGAAGUAAAAGCUAGACUGCAAAUCAACAUUCUACUAACAGCCAAUCCUUCAGUAAUGUUGUUCGAGAAGGUUCCAUCAAUAUUUUUUCCAAUGAUCUGGUUUGAAAAUAAGGCGACAAUUACUGAGGAAUUAGCAGAAGAAGUAAAAUUAGCAUUGUACAUUUUUGAAAAUGGAAGGUACGGCGCUGCCAUGGUUCUAUUCUUAGGAAUUACUUUAAUCCUGAUAACUUUGGUCGUACAACGGAUAUUUGAAAACCCUCAAGACGUUAGAAAAUCUACACAAUUCAGCUUAUGUCCCCAAUAGUGGAACCAUGUUCAAGAUCAGGAAACUGGAGGCAUAGAAAUAUUGAAAAUAGCUAAUGCGAACGUGCCAAAUGAAAAUUUGCUUAUCAAGAAGUACUUAUGCUUUGAUACAUACUUAUUGUGGUCGAUUUCUUUAAAAUGGAGAUUUAUAUUGAUCAGUUUUUAUACAAUUGAUCCAAGAUCUCUAAUUGGACUGGAUUUUGCAAUUUGGAACUAUAAACUCAGGCCGGUUUUAAACACAACAUAUGUGCCAUUAGUUUCUCUAUGCACAUAAGUGUUUUUUCAGAUGGGCCAGAAUUUAUAGUUCCAAAUUACAAAAUGCAGUCCAAUUGUAAGCAUUCUUUAACGCCGCUGACGGUCCCCUAAGUACCAAAUAUGUAGAUUAUGAAGGACUGAUUAAAAGCCAUUUAUUGAUCACUCAAACGCUAAAAUCAAAAACUAUCAAAUUUUGAAAAUUACUGUUCUCCAUUCAUUAUGUUUUAUUUUAAUUAUUUCUAAAUAUUUUUUUUAGCUUUACAUUAUUUUGGGCUUGAUGAAUAGGUUGCACACAUAUCAAUAACAUUAGUUUGCACGAGUAAUGAAUUUAAAAAAA